AUGCGCCGCCGCGUCUGGCUACAUAUUUUUCAGAUCGAUGCACUGGUUUCAUUCCAGAUGGGUCUCCCGAGCACGAUUCCAACAGAGUAUUGUGACACGCAAGUUCCAAGGAAUUUGUAUGAUACGGACCUCCAUGUGGGCAUGGAAAAAUUGCCUCCUUCCCGUCCAUUCGCGGAAGUUACACCUAUACUCUAUGGAAUCGUCAAGUCUGGCAUCAUGAGGGCUUUUAAGAAGAUUGUGGCUCAUACACAAUCUCUUGCUACUCCUGGCUAUGACGAGAUCCUUGCUUUGCAUCACGAAAUGAAUGAAGUAUACGGGAGGACCCCAGUUAUCUUACGCCGAAGAGAUGUCUGCGAAUCUUUCAUGGACUCUUCAGACAUCAUUCUGGAGCGAUGUACGCUUGAACUACUAUUUCUCAAGGGCAUUGUGGUGCUUCAUCGACGCUACAUUCGACACGAGCCCCAGAAUCCUACUUUUGAACCCUCCCGCCGCUUCUGCUUAGAGGCCGCUCUUGAAAUUCUUGCCCGGCAAGCAGACAUAUACCAGGCAGCUCUUCCAGGAGAGCGCCUACACGAGGAUCAGUGGAUGGUCACUGCUCUGACCGUGCAUGACUUUCUCUUAGCAGCCAUGGUACUUUGUCUCGAUCUUUCCGUAAGGAUGGAAACUCUUCAGGAAGACAACCAAAAUUUCGCAUCAGAAAAAGUCCGCACGCUUCAAAUCACUCAGCAGAUAUGGGCAGCAAAUGGUGAUUUCCCUCCUUAG